GAGAUCAUGGUUGUUAAGUUGGAAGAUCAUUGAACCAUACGAGGGUCAAUAAAAGAAUAAAAAGUCACUGGUUAGCGAUUGGAGUACAAGGAACUUGAUCCCAGUUCAGUAGCUGGAUGUCCAUAUGCCACCUGGAGUUGGAGAGGGAGAACAGGGCACUCAGCCGUGCGUGUCUUCAGGAUGGCUUCUGGGAGGCUGAUUAAGCUGUUGGUUUUUGAGCUCCUGGAGUUCGCUGCCUUCUCCGUUCCCACACUGGUGAUCAUGGAGCAGUUUGCCACCGCCUAUCAGGGGACGAGGACCGUCUCUGAGAAAACACAUUACUGGCUGAUUGUUUCCUGUUCUAUCGCCUAUGUGGCUUUGGUGACACUAGUGAUUUGGGUUCCUGUGAAAGUUCUCUUACACAAGAAACAUCAUCUUGUCAAAAAAAUUAAAGGAUGGCGGCCUGUUCUGAUGAUGUGUGUCAUACUCACCACAUUGCCCAGCUUCACCUUUUCGGUAGCAGUGACCGAGAUUCAAAAGAACAUCAAUGGUUCUGCUGAUGUCCUACCUGAUAUGUUACCUGACCUGCCUGUGUCUUUGGUCCUGUCAUCCUUGAUUGUAGUUGAUAUCAUUGAAAAACUCAGGAUACAUCCUCUUAGAGGGAGUCAAAAGAGUUCUGAAGAUGGGACCAUCCAUACAACCUCUUUGCAACAAAUAAGAACUGUGACGGAGCAGGUGAGGCAAAAUGAAGAUAACCCUUCAUCUCCUCCCGAUGUGGGGAGAACCCAGAUCUCACACCCAUCACAACCCAUGACCCAGAGCCAGGUGUCUGAGCUGAUGGAACCCCAAGAGCCGUCAUUUCACUCGGGAAUCCUGAGAGCCAUGUCUCGGCGUGACGUGCGGGCCGAGAUAUUUCUGUGGAGCUUUCUGCUGUGGUCUGACACUAUUGAAAUGGUGCGUGUGGCCGGUCACCCCAGGGUGUACAAGUCAGCCUGGAUAUAUCCAGUUUACAUCUUCAGUUUCAUUUCUCUCCUACGAAUGAUAUUCACUCCCAAAAAUCCUCUUCUCAAUUCCCUGGGUGUCCUGCUGCAAGAUUUACCCUUUGUUUUUGUUAGAGUUGGUUUGAUCAUCGCCUUGGGGACAAUCACACCUGUGCUGGGCCUUUGUAAAAACAUACUGGUGACUCUGUCUUACAUUUACUUCAAUCACUUAACCCGACUAAGGGUUUUCUCUUCCUUUGAAAUGUCUCCAUUUUAAAAAGAAAAUGGAAUAGUAGGAUGACCUUUCUGUUAUGCAUGUAAACAUGUUUGUAGUAUUUUUUUUUCUGGGACUUUGGUCUUUGCACUCUAUUAAGAAAUGAAGAAUAGAUUGUAGAGCAUAAGCUAUUUUUUAAUUUAGCAUACCAGGUUUUUUAUGUAUACAAAUGGUGCUAAAUUUAAACGAAGUUAUAUUCUUAUAAGUUGACUCUCAGGGAUAUCUAGAACAUGUCAGUAGUUAAUUUUGGUUAGUUUUGUAUAUGACAAUUUUUCUCAAAAUACUCUUCAGUAAAACCCUUUUAAAAAACUGAGAAGGUGUUUUUUUCCCACUGUUAGUCCAAGAAUGAGAUUUUUAUCUUUCAUAUAACUUGAAGAGCAUUAUAUGAAAUGAUUAAUGAAAAUUAGAUUUUCAGAAAUACAUCUGAAGUUCAAUAUUGAAUUUUUAGAUUAUACCUUUUUAAAAAUUUGGAAAUUAUAGCUUUAAUGUUUACUUCAAACACAGAAGUAUAUUCUUUAUGCCACUGGAGUGAGUGAUUUUUAUUUAGUCAAAUUGAUUUCAGCCUAAACAACAAUUCACUUUAGCAGAUAUUCGGUUCAGCUCAAUGCUUAGCCGUUUGGCUAGUACUGCGGUACUGACUUGAAGUUGUUUACCAUAAUGAAGUCAGGGUACUUCAGCAAUACCUAGAUACAGUUUUAUGAUAGUGGUAAAAGAAUAUUUUAUUUGUGGAAUUUGAUACCAUGAUAAAAAUGAUCAAGUACAAGCCCUGUUCAAAAUGGGAAGUUCAACUUAAAAUAGCAAAGGCAUCAGUGUCAUAUGUGAUAAUAUAGCAUGAAUAUCUUGAUGUUAUAAAAUGAUUAGAUACAUACUAUGUUGUUUGCUAUUACUAUACUCUGAUAUUUGUAGUAGGAUCUUUCCACUUGUUCGAAUAUUCAGAUGCUGGAGAGAUUUUUGAGAGGCUUAUUUAUGUACAAAGAGUACUGAUUUUAUAUACCGUCAAUGAUCUGUGCUGCGAAAGUGGCUUAAGAAUGAAUAACUGAUGUUGCCUGUAGCUCUCCACCAAAUCCCACAGUCUCGUUUUCCUGGGUGUCUAAUGUUUUUUCUCAUAUUGUAAGCGAAGGUUUACUAACAAUUGUUAAAAGCUUGUCUUCUACCUUUAUAAUCUGGGACAAGUUCCUUGACCACUGUGGGCCUCAGUUCCCACAUCUAAAAGGUGAACAUAAUACUAGUGCUAAUUUAAUAAGACUGAGUGGAGUAAAGGGUCAGAAAUGCUCUGAGCACAUUGGUUAGCAGAUAAUAGUAACUUGAGAAACGCUAAGUGUUUUCAUGGUACCAAGUCCCCUGUAAACAAGUAACUAAAUGUGUCUUUAAAAUUAUUAUUCCCUGCUCACAGUCUGGGAUGUGGGAUCCUAAGGUUACCACAGACUAUACCUUUACAUCACGCAGCACUGUGUUCAAAAGUAAGUGAUCUGCUGACUACACAGAUUGAAAUGGGUGAGGACAUCCAUUCAUCAGACAGUUGUGUCCCUCCUCAGAGCUCCCUUUAAACCUAAAGUAUAGGGUGGCACCUGUGGCUCAGUGAGUAGGGCACUGGCCCCAUAUACCAAAGGUGGUGGGUUCAAACCUGUCCCCACCUGAACUGCAACAAAAAAAUAGCUGGGUGUUGUGGUGGGUGCUUGUAGUCCCAGCUACUUGUGAGGCUGAGGCAAGAGAAUCGUCUAAGCUCAAGAACUGGAGGUUGCAGCGAGCUGUGUGAUGCCACGGCACUCUACCGAGGGCGAUAAAGUGAGACAGAGUCUCACUAUAAAAAAACCCCAAAACCUAAAGUAUAGUACUUUAUUACAAUUUUUAUUAUGUUUAAGUUUCCCACUGAUCUUCAAAUUCCUUAAAUAAAGGCCUGAGGGUAUCUUGGGUAACAAUACCCCUUUAUCUUUAUCUAUCAAUCCUGCAGGCACUUCACAAUACUUAUAACUUACAAAAAUUAUAAGGCAAGUAAUUUUUUUCUAAUUCUGCCAUGAUAAUUUUUUUUAUUAAGAAAAUCUAUCACCAAGGGAUUAACUUAUAAUAGUCCUAAAUAUGAAAAUAUUUUACAUAAAUUUAUGUUCAUCCUUAUAUUAGAAUUUGUAAACAGCGAUUAGGUAAAAUCGGAAGUAUUAUUAUUUGAAUUUAUAAUGCAUUUUGUAUCUAAUAUUUGAACAUGAAUGUGCCUGAUAUUUGGGGAAGUUGCAGCACUUUACACAAAUAAUGAAGGCAUGUAUUAUUCAAAGGAUCACUAUUGGAGGUAAAUGGAGUAUUUAGUUUUAUUUAAUAUUUUAAGAGUAUACACGUCUUUAUAGAGUUUAAAGUCUGUAGUAUAGGAUAGAAAUUAUAGCAAGUAAUACUGAUAAAGCAUUGGUAGUUCUACACUAUGAUUAAAAGUUAUGUAUUUAAUAACAUUAAAUAUUAUAAUUGCAGUUCUCAUAGCUUCUUAUUGUUGCUAGUUAAAGCCCACAUAGAUUUUAUGUCCUAAUAAAAAUUUACUUUUUUUGCUCUAUGAAAAUAUGCUUGCAGUAAAUGGCAGUAUCUGUAAAGGCUAUAGGAGAUUGUUUUCCAAGUAAAAUUUGGAACCCAGAUGAUAAUUAUGUCUUUACUAAAUGUCAAGUUUAAAUAAACUUAGUUGUAGAAAAAAAUACAUUAAAAAUUCUGGGCAGUGCCUGUGACUCAGUGGAUAGGGUGCCGGCCACAUAUACCAAGGGUGGUGGGUUCAAACCCAGCCGUGGCCAAACUGCAACAAUAACAACAACAACAAAAAAUAGCCAGGCGUUGUGGUGGAUGCUUGUAGUCCCAAGCUGCUCAGGAGGCUAAGGCAAGAGAAUCACCUAAGCCCAGGAUUUGGAGGUUGCUGUGAGCUGUGAUGCUAUGGCACUCUACCAAGGGCAAUAAAGUGAGACUCUGUCUCUAGAAAAAAAAAAAAAAUUCUAUCUAUGAGCAAGCUAUUACUGUAUAGUCUAAUAAUUUUUAUAAAAUUUCAGUACAAUGUAAUAAAAAUUCUAAUGCGUUUUAUAGACUUUUAGUCCCUUUUCUUUGUAAAUAUUAACGUUUGAAAUUACAAUGUGUGAAUGUUACAGUGUUUUCUUAUCAGGGCCCGAUUUCACCAAAUGACAAUUGUAGGAAGACAGAGGAAAGGAAAGAGUAAUGAAAUGGUGUGUUGACUGCCUACUGCCCACUGAUAUUUGCUUAAUAAAUGACUAUUUUAUCCUGCGGACCUUGGGGCAGGACUUUUCUUAGUGAAUAUGUCAAUAGCUUUUCUUUGUCACAGGCAUUAAAAAAGACAUUUAAUUAAAUUUAUAAAAAGAAUGAUAUGCCAGUUGGAAGCCAUACAACUUCAAAAUAGCUGCUAUACUCCCUGGAGGAUAUAGUAAAUCAUAAAAGGAAAAAAUGCAUUAACUAUAUACAGUUGAGCUGUUUUAUUUUACCAAGUGGUUAUUUUUACAUGUUAAUUAAAGUUCUAUG